AUGGCUGCUGAGCAGCACCGCUGGUCCGAGACCGCCGCCAUGAUCGCCCUGUGGUACGCGACGAGCAUCGUCGCCACCAAUACCUCCAAAUCCCUGGAAAUGGACGCCGCGGUCCUGACGCUGUCGCAAUUACUCAUCGCGAGCGGCUGCUCCUUCUUAUUACUGCGAAUACUCAAGCUCAAGCCCUACCGGCCCAUGACCAGCCGCGAGGAGCUGCAGACGACGUCCUUGUUAGCCUUCGCGUUCAUGCUCGGGUUUGUCACGUUGAAUGCGGCACUAAGGCACAUGCACGUGAGUCUCGUGAUGACGCUGCGGGCGACGGAGCCCCUCUUUACGCUUGCAUUAUCAACGGUUGUGUUCGGCAACGACAAUGGACUAAGAAGGCUCAUUAGCUUAAUCCCGGUCGUCUGCGGCGCGUCGAUGUCGGCGCUCGGGUCGGCGGACGCGACGGUCGCGGGCGCGGUCGCCUGCGCCGCCUCGAACGCGUGCUUCGCGGCGCGCGGCGUGCUGACGAAACUUAUAAGAGCGCGCCACGCCGCGGACAACUACUCGCUGUUUUUGCACAUCAACGUGAUCGGCGCGCUCAUGGCGGGUGGGUACGUCGUCGCGUCCGGCGCCCCUAUAAUCCUCCCGGACUCGACGCCCAUCCUCGUCGUAAACGGCGUCGCGUUCUGGGCUUACCUGCAGCUGAGCUGGCUCGUCCUCGCGCGCGUGACCGCCGUGACGCACAGCGUCUGCAACGCGAUGCGGCGGCCGGUCGUCAUCCUCGCGGGGUGGCUGCAGUUCGGCAACGAGAUUACGUCCCUAAAUGCGUGCGGCAUCGCGCUCGCGUGCGGCGGCGCCGCGCUCUACGGUCAUUUAUCGCGACCGCCGCCGCCGCCGCCGCCGGAGACGCUCGUCUAA